AUGGGUGCGAUGUUUAGAAGUGAGCGAAUGCAGCUGUCUCAGCUGUUCUUACAUAUUGACUCUGCCUACAUGUGUAUUGUGGAGCUUGGGGAACUUGGCGUCGUGCAGUUCCGUGAUAACAACUCCGAAAGAAGUGCAUUCCAGCGAAAAUUUGUUAAUGAGGUUCGCAGGUGCGACGAAAUGGAGCGAAAACUUAGGUAUAUGCUGAACGAGAUACAACUAAAUAAACUGAAACUGUAUGACAGUCCGGAAAUCCCUGAAGCGCCUGCGCCAAGAGAAAUGAUUGAUAUGGAAACUACAUUUGAAAAAUUGGAGAAUGAGACAAAGGAGGUAAAUGCAAGCAUUGGAAAUUUGCGUCAAACUUACUUUGAACUUCAAGAAAUGAAACAUCUUUUGCGGAAGACGCAAAUAUUUUUCGAUGAGGCCCAUCAAGCGUCAACUUUUACCACUGAUGAGAACUUAGGCCUUCUUGGUGAAGAAGGUGGUCAGAACAUAUACAGUGGCGCUGAAAUGCACUUAGGUUCCGUUGCUGGUGUCAUUCUGCGGGAAAAAUUAUCUGCUUUUGAACGGAUGCUGUGGCGUGCCUGCACCGGUAAUGUCUUUCUUAAACAGGCCGAAAUCGAAUUGCCCAUAGAGGACCUACUAACGGGUGAAAAGGUUUAUAAAACCGUAUUCAUCGUAUUCUUUCAAGGUGAUCAGCUCAAAACACGAGUGACCAAAAUAUGUGAAGGAUUCCAUGCUACAGUGUACCCCUGCCCCGAGUCUGCAGCCGAUCGUCGGACAAUGCUUAUUGACGUAGUUCAGAAGAUCGAUGAUUUGGAAACCGUUCUCACUCAAACUCAGCAACAUCGUCAGAGGAUUCUUGAAGCUGCGGCAAAGAAUCUCAACAAUUGGUUUAUUCGGGUGCGCAAAAUGAAGGCCAUUUAUCAUACUCUCAACCUCUUCGACCUUGACGUCACCACAAAAUGCAUGAUUGGGGAGUGUUGGUGUGCGGUCAAUGAUCUUGAUCAAAUUAAUUUGGCCUUGUGCCGGGGCAUGCAAAAGUCGAGCAGCAACAUUCAACCCAUUCUUAAUGCAAUGCCAACAAAAGAUCCACCCCCGACGUUCCACAGGACAGAUAAGUUCACGGAGGCAUUUCAGGGGAUUGUUGAUGCUUAUGGAGUGGCAACAUAUAGGGAGGUGAAUCCGGCGCUCUUCACCUUGAUCACUUUUCCCUUUCUUUUCGCGGUUAUGUUUGGCGAUGCGGGGCAUGGACUUGUUAUGUUCCUUUUCGGACUCUGGAUGGCUCUGUGGGAAAGGCGGUUAAUUGCUAUGAAGAUCAGGGACGAGGUGUUUGAUAUCUUCUUUGGUGGUCGUUACGUGAUACUUUUAAUGGGCGCCUUCUCUAUUUACACGGGAGUGAUAUAUAACGACAUUUUCUCGAAAUCGGCCAAUCUUUUCGGAUCGUCUUGGUACCCUGGGUACGACAAGCAUGUCAUCGCAUCAAAGAAUCUUCUUCAAUUGGAGCCACGUACUUCGGAGAAUAUCACCGAUCAGAUGUUCGCCGGUCAGCCUUAUCCUUUUGGCAUUGAUCCGGUCUGGCAGAUUUCCAACAACAAGAUUCCUUUCAUGAACUCACUCAAGAUGAAAAUAUCCAUCAUCCUGGCUGUCCUUCACAUGAUAUUCGGAAUUGUUUUGAGCUUCUUCAAUCACAAAUUCUUCAACAACACUUUAUCAAUAUGGUGUGAAGCCCUACCACAGCUACUGUUUUUAAUAUCCAUUUUUGGCUAUCUCGUGAUCAUAAUUUUUUACAAAUGGGGAGCCUACACAGCCGACGAGGCCUCUACGGCACCUAGCCUCCUGCUGGUGCUCAUUAACAUGUUCAGGUUCAACUAUGAGGUGAAAGGAGGUGCUGGUGAUCCAUUUUACGGGGGACAGUCUGUUAUUCAAUCACUUCUAAUGCUGAUUGCUCUGGCAUGCAUACCGUGGAUGCUAUUAUCAAAACCAUUCAUCCUGCGAUGGCGUUUCAAACGCAUUUCUACUUUGGUUCACGGGACACAACCCGAACCGACACCACCACCGAGACCACCAAAACCAGACUUCAACAAUGCCAGUCAGGGAAAUGAGGGGUUCAAAGAACCGGAUGUUAAGUCCACGCCACAAGCAGUAACUACAGAUGGCCACGGUAGUGACACGGAACAUUUUGAUUUUGGCGAGUGUAUGGUUUAUUCGGCCAUUCAUACAAUUGAAUACUGCUUGGGCUGUAUUUCCAACACGGCGUCCUACCUGCGACUUUGGGCUCUUAGUCUGGCUCAUGCUCAAUUGUCGGAAGUGCUCUGGAAUAUGGUAAUGCAGAUUGGAUUGAAAAUUGAUGCUUACUAUGGGAGUGUCCUUUUAUUCCUGAUAUUUUCCGCGUGGGCUGGAUUAACUGUUGGUGUGCUGGUCUUAAUGGAGGGUUUAUCCGCUUUCCUUCAUGCAAUACGUCUGCACUGGGUGGAAUUCCAAAAUAAAUUUUACUCGGGAACUGGCCACCUAUUCGAGCCAUUUUCGUUCAAGGCAUACAUCAAUCUUCCUCUUACUGAACCCUAG